AUGUCUGCGGUAGCAACAUUAUCAGCGAACGCCGGUUCGACAUCAGGCUCACGAUCGCGUCCUCAGGCUCGCAAGAAACCAAAUGACGAUGCGGCCUACUUCGGAGUCGCAGGGACGAAGAGACAGGCGGCGGACAGGGCAGAGGGAGAACCACGCGUCAAAAGAAAGAGAGUAGAACACGGCACAGCAGUCAGCAGAAGGGCAGAUAAGUCUGCGGAUAAUGACCUAAAGAGCGCAAUUGACUUCAGAAACAUGCCAACCGCAGGGCUUUAUCGUUACCUAUCUCAUUUCAAUCUCAUUCCACCCGUAUACCCGUCACCCUUGACCGCAGCAGAUCCACCUUCUCCCGAUUCUCUCCUUGACCCUGUACGACAGAAUCCACGAGGCCUCAGUCCAUUCACGAUCCCCACUUCUGGAAACAGGCCAAGGAGAGAUACAAAAGAUCCAAGCCGCCGACGAAGCUCUCGGUUACUCGAGGAAAGCGAGAGUCGCACGCCCAUCUUGGCGGAUAUUGCUGAUAUCCAUGCAAUCCUUGCUGCCAUUGCAGAGAGACAUUUCCAGGACCAUGCGGUCAGUGAAAUAGACACACUCGCGUCAUUCAUGGUAAAAACUUCAACUAAGUAUGAGUAG